AUGGAUAUCAAAAGUAAAGGAAGUCAAAAAAGCAGGAAAGAACUUGGAGGUAUAAACCAAAUGAGUAUUUAGACGAAUUAAGUUUGAAAGGGGUUUCCCUAUUUAAAUUAGAUGUCAAUUAUGACUAUUUGAAAUAAUUUUUGGAAGGAGUUUAGGGAGAUCUCGAAAACCACGCUGUUGAGAUUGAAGCAAUUAAGAAGUUAGUGGGACCUAGUGAAAUUUUACUAUUAGUGAUAAAAAUGUGUAUUUUAGAUUCAAGAAUAGUUUCAAUUAUUAAGUGAAUCAUUAUUGUUUACAGAUAAGGAUAUUGAAAAGGAUUUAUCGAGUUCUUUGCAUACCUAUAUAACUUAGAUUUAGGGAAAGUAGAAAUUUGGUAAAGGGGCUUUGGAGAAGAUAAUCACUGAAUUAAGAAGCAAACUAUUUUCGGUGGUUUAGAUGAUUCAACACUUGCACAGAGAAAAAAUUGUAUAAGAUGAAUCUAUUAUUAGAGGUAAGAUUAACGUAUAACGAAAUUGGAAAAUGAUAUGCUUACUAAAUAUGAUACUAAAGAUUGUAAAGAAAAAAUGAGAAAGCAAAAGAACUAAUUGGAAUAGUAAAUAGAUGAACUACAAAAGAGUGGUAGAAAUGAAUUAGAUACUGUUGAGAAAAAAAUAUCAAAUGACAUUUAAAAAUUUGAGGAAGCUGUUAGGGAUGUAGAAAGGUUAGAAAUAAAUAUUAUUCUAUAGAAAAACUCUUUGGAAAAUACAUGAUUGUCAAGAUCUAUUGUCUAAGAGAACUAAUGAGGAAUUUGUUAAUGAAGCAAUUAGAUCUAGUGAGGAUAAACUUUUAAAAGAAGUAAUAAUGUUAAGUUUCAAUAUAGAUUCAAUAAACAUAGAAUAACGAAUAAUUAGUUAAAUUAUAGUAAGACCUUGCUUAUGUAAGAAGUUAAAUUAAAGGGUUAGAUGAUUUAGUAGGAGAGAAAUAGUAAAAGUUGAAAUUAUAAUUUAAUGAAAUGAAUGAAUUGUAAAUUUAGAAUAUAUCAAAAGAUUAAAAUAGAAAAUAAAUCUGAUUGACAAGUUAGUUGAAUCAAAUAAAUAGCAAAGUGAUAAAAUUAUAGAUUUGAAUAGCAGAUUAGCAACUGCCAUAAACAAAUUAGAUGUCUCUAAUUAGUUAGAUUAACAUAGACAGAAAAUAAAAUAAUUGGAAGAUUAAGUUUAAAAAUUGAAUGAUGAAGCCAAAGAACGAGUCGAAGCAUUAAAAGAUAUGAACCUUAAUGCUGAAAAUGUAGCAUUUCUUCUAUCUAAAAUUGAUCCUCAUAAAAUAUGCUCUCUUGAAGGGGACAUUAAAAAACUACAAGAAAUGUCAAUUAGAAACAACGUACAUUGGGAAACACUUGAUGCUGAAUUUAAAUCAAGAUAUGAUAGUUUUUAAUUCUUCUCUCAAUUAUAUUAACAGCAAUAGUAAUAGUAGGUGUAAAAUGUAUCAGAAGAACAAAAAUUUGUUACAAAAGAUGAAAUAAAUAGAAUGUUUGAAUAAUUCCAUUAAUAAGGAAAUAUUGAAGAAGAUAAAAUCAAAAAGAUUCAAAAGGAUUUGUAAGAUAUAGCUCACAAAGUUGAAAAUGCGAAUGAAAUUGAAAGAAGAGUCACUAGAAUUUUUAGAGAUCUCGACAUAAACAAUCUAAUUAAAUAAGUCAAAGCUAAAGCCAAUGAAGAUGAUAUGAAAAGAGAACUACAUAAUAUAGAAACUAGAUUAGGAUAAGCUAUGGAGACAAUUAAUUAUUUGCGAAGAGAAAUAGAUUCAUUAUAAGGUAUUCUAAAUAAAUAAUAUAAAGUCUAAAUCAAGAAAACACCUAUGAAUAUGUAGUAAUCAGCUUCUCCACCAACAGAUUAAAUUAUUGGAGUUGGAACCAAAAAGCUAUAUCCGAUAAACUGUCUAAGUUGCAGCACAACCAAUUAAUAAAAAGUACAGAUAAUGUUUAAAAUAGGUGAAAGGAACAGAUGGAAAAUAUUAUUAAGCUGAUAUAAAAAGAUAAAGUAUGGAACAAUACUAAUAGGAUAUUUAAGAGGAUCCUUAGUAAUUCCCUUAAUCACGUUAUUCUUCAAGACCAUAAUCUGCUGUUGGUAAUAAAUCUCAUAAUGGAACUAAGAGACCAAUAAGUGCUAAGAAAUGA